GUUCACAGCUUUUAUUUUGUAUUUAUGUUAAAAUGUUUUACUUUGUCAGGACAGUGUGGAGUGGUUGCUCCAGUUGUUCCAGCUGUGGUUCUGUGGUGACGGAUUCUGUGAUGGAUUCAGGACUACAAACAUGGCUGACGCGGUGCAAGGUCCCAUGGUCAGCCGGCCAUUGGCAUUCACCAAUGAGGAGCAGAGGGCGGUUCACUCCUGGUCCCGCAUCUCUUCAGCGGGGCACAGUGUCCUACUGGAUGCUCUGAAGAUCCUCAGUCCGAUGUCCCGUGACCUCUCGAGCACCGAGGAGCUGGUCACCUUCCUGCAGGAGCUAAGCGAGGAGGGCCACAAGCCCACCGUGCUGCGCAGCAAGGACGUGUACGGCUACCGCUCCUCCACAAACCAACCGCUGACUGAAGACAUGCUGAAGCCACCCAACAGGCACGUCAGACCCACCGCCAAGAGAAGGGGAAGGAGGGCCCUGGCCAAGAAGAGAGAGGUACACCCAUCUUGGAACACCUCCGAGACAAGCAACCCCAGGAUUCAAGGGGUCCGUCCUCCAGAGCUGCUGGUGGACCAUCACGCCGUUGUCUGCAGCAGGACGCCUACUCGGACUGUAGAGAUGUCACAGGCAUUGCAGGUGCAGCCGUGUCUCAGAUUGACCAACAUUGAAGGCCUGUCGGGCUUCCACACGGCCAGACUCCAGAUCCAUACUACUUGGGGUUCAUCCUCUGAGGCGCCGUCUGUUGCCUUUUCACAGCAGCAGUACCCUCCAAUGCUUUCAGGAAUACCUUUGCAGCCUUCUCAGAAUGGUGGUGGGGCGCCCACCAAAGCUGUGGCCUUGUUCAGCCAGAAGAGCCUGUCCUGCCCCAUCCGACUGGACGGCGCCCUCAUUGGAGAUUCUGCACCCGUCUUCAACUCCAAUGGCCGGGCAUUUCCACAGACUCACACAGAGCUGAGCAGCAACGGUUGGAGGAGCAACGGCUUCCCCCGGGACGGUCGGGGCCCCAAGGAACUGAACGCCCCAACCCGGCAGAGAAACGGCUGGAAGGACAAGAACAGUUUUAGAUGGAAAGUGAUAAAGGUGGACGACUCUCGUUCGGUGGCUGAGGCCCGGAGAAAAGCGCAGAAGAUCCUGCAGGUCAAUCUGUCUCCAGUGAUUCAGAUCCAACCGCUCAACCACGUGCUGAGAGACUUCAGAUACCAGAACAAGUGACUAUUCCCCCCAGACCCACACACGAUGUCCUUUAGCAGAUGUUAGUGUUUUACAUCCAUUAGCCUCUACCUGGCUGAGCCCCAGUGUUCAUAGCAGAUGUCCUACAUGGGUUUUUGUGAUCUCUGCUGGGUGUUGGAGGUAGAGAAGUUAAGAGUCCGUCUGCAGGAAGUUCUGGUUCCUGACAGAGGCACUCGGGAUUGAAAGGCAUUUAAAGUUAGGUGAUGCUUUUCCUAGCAGGCUGGGAAAUGACUAUCAGCCAAAUGCUGGUUCAUUUUCACUGUCAGCAUUAGUCUACGCUACACAAUACUUCAACCAACCAUCAUUCUGCUUUGAGUUGGCCGAUGUUGCUGAUGAUUUUGUGGAUUUAAUAUCCACUGCGGCUGUGAGUUCAAAGAUGAAUUUUCUGCCCUCCACCAAGGGUGCCGGGUGUGGUUUGCAGGUGUUCAAAGAGUAUUUAUAAAUCAAUUGAAGUAUAGCACCGUUUGUUAAAAAAAAGUAUUUUUUACUUGCAGAGCUUAAAAGCAGAGCUUUCACUCUGCAGCACCACAUUUUCCACUGGAAAGAAGGAGAUAAAGAAGCCUGCGUUGGGAUAGGAUAAUCCCAUUUACCGGCCAGAUGAACUGGUGGAUGAGCAAGGAAGGUUUCCAGAGUCUUCAGACGAGCAGAUGUGGUGGUUGGUUGGUUCCAGCAAAACAAAUAAACUAAACAAAAAGAGGGGAAAAAAACAAAAGUGUUUAGUUUGUCUUCCUUUUUUGUAUUUUUGUUGUGUUUCCACUGGAAAUCAGGAAGGCUCUGGGAGCAAGUACAGCAGGGAAUCGAACCCACGGCACACACACAGACAGAUUGAUGAGUGGCUGAUUUGUUUGAACUACAGUCCUUCACAAAGUGUUCCUUUGGUUUAGUUUAUCCACACAUGGAGAAAAAAAGAUGGUUUUAUAGCGCAGUCCACUGACUGUUGGGAAUAUCUCAUGUCUCCCAGUGGCAAAACAUGAAUCCGUGAAAGCAGCUGCAGAAAAUGGUGAGUAUUUAAAAGCAAUCAGGCUUUGUUAUAAGAUCUCUGAGUUUAAUCUUUAAAUCUUAAUUGUGGGAAAAUAUUGAGAAUUCUCAGAAGAAUUCUGACUUCAAUCUCAACAGACUUCUCAUGUUUUCUCAUUAUUAAGCUUGAUCUCAGAAUCCUGUUUUUUGACAAGAAUCUUUUGUUUAUGAGUUUAUUCUCCAAAUUAUGGAAAAUCCUUCCAUUCCAUAAUGUGGCCUUGGUAAGUUCAAGAUGUUUAACAGACGUGCACUCGGGCUGCAAAAAUACCAUCAGCUGCUGGUGUGACUCUGCUCAAAAUUUACGUCAGAGUCCUGAUGUAACACAUUUGUUUGGCAGAUUUAAAAAUAACUUGAGCUGCAGGCCUAUUUGUUUUCUGACCAGCUAAAUCUGAAACUUCAGCAUCAAAGUUUUAUCUCCCAUCAGAGCUCGUUGGCGCUCCGCUCUGUUGAGCUGACACCGAGAAUCGCCCAACAAAGUCUAUGGUUUCUCGAACUCAUCAGCUGUGAUCAAACUGUUGUGACUCUCUUUAAAACUGACAAAAAUGCACUUUGAGAGUGUGACAGUGAUUCUCACUUGUUUGUGAUUAUGAAAGUCAUUCAUAUUUUUAUUUUCUCUUUGGUUUGACUUCUUUGAACCCACACUGGUUUUGUGCUACAGGUGCUAACUUUGCAGUGUUGGUGCUGAAUUGAAUGACUGACACAAGGAUGUCAUCCUGUUUCUCCUCUAUUCGUUCAGAGUGAAGCGUUUAAGAGCAGUGACUUCCUUUGAGUUAUUCUCUGAGGGACUGAUAGCGCUGCUGCCCCCGCAGGUUGGGAUGACCAUGCCAAAUCACCUUGUGUGCUUUCCAAAGGGUUUCUACUGUGAGGAACCGCUUGAAUCCAUUUUCAUGUUAUCAUCUGUGAGAAACUCCUGUGUAUUCCCCUGAAAGAUCUGUUUCAGAUGUUUUGGCAAAACCACAUCUCGUGAGAUAAAUACAUUGUUGUGGGCUAAUGUCUGUUUUUGGCAUUGGAAACUAGUUUCAGAAAAAAAAUCUCAGCUAGCUUUUUCUGGAGCUUUAACUGAUAUCAAACCCUUGGCAGAUAAGAGCUCUGGAAAAAGCCAGUAACUUGAUCUUGACAUGGAAAAUAUUGACAAAUUUAACAGCCGGAUGUCUUGAGGUCCAGUUAAAACAAGUAAAUCACAAUGGGAUCUGUGAAUAAGGUCUUGAGUUUUAAAACCCGUAAAAGAUAUACAGUAAAAAAGGAAAAAGGAUUUCCAAACAUUUGUUUCAGGUCUAAAUGCUGUCACGGGCCACUUGGUGGAAAAAGUGAAUCAGAAUGAAUCAGUCUUAGUGUGGACAUCUGUGCUUUCGGUUUUGAAGGCCAUGCACUAUUCUCGAAUUAGAAAACUCUUCCUCUGUGAAAACUGACACCACACCAGCGUCUGGUGGUCGGCUUUGCAGAUUUCCACUCUCUGUUCCGAUGAAUUUUACAUUCUGGAAGAGUCUUGGUUUCCUUGCGCCCCAUUUUCGAUCUGUCUGUAUGCAGUCGUGUUCACGCCCAAUGGCAAUUCCCUUUUGUAGAUCUUCUUUCUGUUAGUUUUGUUCGUGCAACACUUGUAUAAUAUUGUAUUUCCUACGAUAUUUGAAAACUUUUUUGUUCAAUAAAAUUGAUCUGAAAAAAAAAAAAAGUCUGUGCAGUUUUCAGAACGUGUUGACUCACUUCAGCAGGUCCAGUACUGACGAUCUCUAUCGCUGAGAAAGUUUAAUUUCAUCACCAUGUGAUCAGGCUGUUUAUUCUUUUAGACUCAACAAUCCAAAAGUCAUGUGUCAGUGGACUGCUGUUGAAUAUCUGGGAAAUAAACCUAUGCCUUUUAUUUGUGAGAGCCAUGACU